AACAAAAGUUUGCGAGCCGUAAAUUGCUACUGUGUGAUUAGGAGCCGCUUUCAAGUUUCCAGCGCCAAAUGUAGCUUAGCUUUAAGUUGCCAAAGCAAGUUGGGGGAAUGGCGUGGCGGGCGUGACCGGCUUUGUGCGCGGACCCGCGGGGAGCGACCUGUGCGCCAGAUGAAGGCUAAGAUGCACUUUAGACUUGUCUUUGCACUCCUGCUGCCGUCUCUCAUCCCCGCGGCACUGGGCAAGAACUUGAGGUACAGGAUCUAUGAGGAGCAGAGGGUCGGAUCGGUGAUUACAAACCUCUCGGAGGAUGUGGCUGAUGUCUUAGCGAUGCUGCCCAACCCUCGCGUGCGUUUUCGAGCCAUGCAGAGGGGCAAUUCUCCUCUGCUCGUGGUCAAUGAGGACACCGGGGAGAUCAGCAUAGGGGCGAAAAUUGACCGGGAGCAACUGUGCCAGAAAAACUUGAACUGUACCAUAGAAUUUGAUGUGAUCACUCUCCCCACUGAGCAUCUGCAGCUUUUCCAUAUUGAAGUCGAAGUGCUGGAUAUUAAUGACAAUGCUCCCCAGUUUUCCAGAUCUCUCAUUCCUAUCGAGAUUUCAGAGAGCGCGGCGGUUGGGACUCGCAUCCCUCUGGACAGUGCCUUUGAUCCAGAUGUGGGGGAAAAUUCCCUCCACACGUACUCUCUCUCCGCCAAUGAUUUUUUCAGUAUUGAGGUCCGGACCAGGACGGAUGGAGCCAAGUAUGCAGAACUCAUAGUGGUCAGAGAGCUGGAUCGGGAGCUGAAGUCGGGCUAUGAGCUUCAGCUCACUGCCUCAGACAUGGGGGUGCCUCAGAGGUCGGGCUCGUCCAUCCUAAAAAUCAGCAUUUCGGACUCUAACGACAACAGCCCUGCUUUUGAGCAGCAGUCUUACAUAAUACAACUAUUAGAAAACUCCCCCGUUGGCACUCUGCUCCUGGAUCUGAAUGCAACUGAUCCAGAUGAGGGCGCCAAUGGGAAAAUUGUAUAUUCCUUCAGCAGUCAUGUGUCUCCCAAAAUUAUAGAGACUUUUAAAAUUGAUUCCGAAAGAGGACAUUUGACUCUUUUCAAGCAAGUGGAUUAUGAAAUCACCAAAUCCUAUGAGAUUGACGUUCAGGCUCAAGAUUUGGGUCCGAAUUCUAUCCCAGCUCACUGCAAAAUUAUAAUUAAGGUUGUGGAUGUCAAUGACAAUAAACCUGAAAUUAACAUAAACCUCAUGUCCCCUGGAAAAGAAGAAAUCUCUUAUAUUUUCGAAGGGGAUCCUGUUGAAUCAUUUGUUGCAUUGGUCAGGGUUCAGGACAAGGACUCUGGGCUGAAUGGAGAAGUAGUUUGCAAGCUUCACGGGCAUGGUCACUUUAAACUUCAGCAGAGUUAUGAAAACAACUAUUUAAUCUUGACGAACGCCACACUGGAUAGAGAGAAGAGAUCUGAAUACAGUUUGACUGUAAUUGCUGAGGACAAGGGGACACCCAGUCUCUCUACAGUAAAACAUUUUACUGUUCAAAUCGGUGAUAUAAAUGACAAUCCACCCCACUUCCAGAGAAGUCGAUAUGAAUUAGCAAUCUCAGAGAAUAACUCGCCAGGGGCAUUUAUUACCACUGUUACAGCCACAGAUCCUGAUCUGGGAGAAAAUGGGCAAGUUACAUACACUAUUUUGGAGAGUUUUAUCCUGGGAAAUUCCAUAAAUACAUAUGUUACCAUUGACCCAUCUAAUGGAGGCAUCUAUGCCCUCAGAAACUUUGAUCAUGAAGAAGUGAGUCAGAUAACUUUUGUGGUUGAAGCGAGAGAUGGAGGAAGCCCGAAGCAACUUGUAAGCAAUACUACAGUUGUGCUCACCAUCAUUGAUGAAAAUGACAAUGUCCCUGUGGUCAUAGGGCCUGCACUGCGCAAUAAUACUGCAGAAAUCGCUAUCCCCAAAGGGGCUGAGAGUGGCUUUCAUGUCACAAGAAUAAGGGCAAUUGACAGAGACUCUGGUGUGAAUGCUGAACUCAGCUGCUCCAUAGUAGCAGGGAAUGAGGAGAAUAUCUUUAUAAUUGAUCCACGAACAUGUGACAUCCAUACCAAUGUGAGCAUGGAAUCUGUUCCCUACACAGAAUGGGAGCUCUCUGUUAUCAUCCAGGACAAAGGCAAUCCUCAGCUGCAUACCAAAGUCCUUCUGAAGUGUAUGAUCUUUGAAUACGCAGAGUCAGUGACAAGUACAACAAAGACCCCAGCAAGCCAGGAAUCUUUGGAUGUUUCCAUGAUUAUAAUUAUUUCCUUGGGAGCAAUUUGUGCAGUGUUGUUGGUUAUUAUGGUGCUGUUUGCAACUAGGUGUAACCGAGAAAAGAAAGACACAAGAUCCUACAACUGCAGGGUAGCAGAAUCAACUUACCAGCACCACCCAAAAAGACCUUCCAGGCAGAUUCACAAAGGGGACAUUACAUUGGUGCCCACCAUGAAUGGCACUCUACCCAUCAGAUCUCAUCACAGGUCAUCUCCAUCUUCAUCUCCUACCUUAGAAAGAGGGCAAAUGGGCAGCCGGCAGAGUCACAACAGUCACCAGUCCCUCAACAGUUUGGUGACAAUCUCAUCGAACCACGUGCCAGAGAAUUUCUCAUUAGAACUCACCCAUGCCACUCCAGCUGUUGAGGUCUCCCAGCUUCUUUCAAUGCUUCACCAGGGGCAAUAUCAGCCAAGGCCAAGUUUCCGAGGAAACAAAUAUUCUAGGAGCUAUAGAUAUGCCCUUCAAGACAUGGACAAAUUUAGCUUGAAAGACAGUGGCCGUGGUGACAGUGAAGCAGGAGACAGUGAUUAUGAUUUAGGGCGAGAUUCUCCAAUAGAUAGGCUGCUGGGCGAAGGAUUCAGCGACCUGUUUCUUACAGACGGAAGAAUCCCAGCAGCCAUGCGGCUGUGCACGGAGGAGUGCAGGGUGCUGGGCCACUCGGACCAGUGCUGGAUGCCGCCGCUGCCCUCGCCGCCGGCCGACUACCGGAGCAACCUGUUCAUCCCGGGCUGGCUGCCGGCCAUGGAGGAGAUCCCCGAGAACUACGAGGAAGACGAUUUCGACAACGUGCUCAACCACCUCAGCGACGGCAAGCACGAGCUCAUGGACGCCAGCGAGCUGGUGGCCGAGAUCAACAAGCUGCUGCAGGACGUGCGCCAGAGCUAGGAGGCCGGCCGGCGCUUCGCUUUCCGCACAUGGAUGCAUUUCCGUCUGUCUGUCUGUCGACGGAGGUAGGGGACAGAGGGAGCCCGGAGAGAACCGGCACUGCCAAAUAGUUGCAUUUAUCAUAAAUGUGUCUGUGUAUAUUGAAUAUGAAAUACUGUAUUUUCGUAUGUACACAAUGCAAGUGUGAUUAUUUCAAUCUGUAUUUUAAAAAUACAUUUGUACCUUAUAUUUAUGUGUAAUUUAACAGACAAAUUUUAUUUUUUUACUCCCAUGACAAACAUGUCUUUCCUACUCACGUAGAAUGUAGCAGCCACUGCUCACUUCUGACGCACGAGUCAGCCGCGAAGUCCAAGGGCACCGCUUAGGUCAGUGACGCUGGGGAAGAAAUUGUUAUGCUGUAGGAACCACCCCGCGCAAGCAUUAUAGAAUUCUUACUUCUUUUAAGCGAUCCAGCUUUUUUCCCUUACUUUUUUUUUUAUUAAGCGUCAAUAAAAAUGUUAAACUAUUUUAUUAUUGUGGUUGUUAUUUUUACUGCUCUCUGCUAGUUCUGAUAGUUCAACCCUUACAGCGAAAUUGAAACAGGAGGUGAAAUGUUAUUUCAGAACCGGCCACUCUCUUUCACUGAUGAAAAUAGGACCAGAGUCAAUUUUUCCUAACUCCCAGGCCCCUGCUAUUCCAGGAGAUCACACUGGCCUCUUCUUGAGAAUAUUUUUCCUAAAGUAUCAUUGUCUAUUUAUAAUCAAAGUAAACAAUGGAUUUCAUUCCAUCCUUGUAACAGGAGGUGUGCUCCAAGGAAAUGGGAUCUAUCCGUUAAAUGGAUAACAGUAUGCAUUCUAACAGCAUGAAGUAUUAAUGGCAAAGACAAUUAUGUCAGUAUCCCUCCUGGGGUAGUAAAUAUAAUCGAUUUUUGCUGAAACGGCUCUAUUUGAAUCUUCCCCUCUCCUCUCACAAUACUUGAACAUUUUUAUCUUUGCAAUGUUUUGUUUUGUUGGUUGUUUUUUUUUUUUUUGCUAUAAGUAUUCGCUUUUAGCUUUCGUCUCCUGUGCAUGAUUUCAUAUUUUUGCUUUUGUAUUUAGUAUAACAACAUUUAUAAAAUUACAUUUUUGCUAUUGCAGUUCUGUUUUAUUUGUUGUGUGACAAGUGGCAAAUUAUUUAUUGUGCUGUUAUCUCUCUGUGCGGAAUGCUUUGGUAACGGAGAUCGUGAUUAUGACUGUUCUCAUGUAUGACCAGGCUUCUAUUAGUGUUAUUUCUAUGAAUACACUAUCUUGAUUGUACUCUCCAGAAAAUAUGACUGUCAAUGAAAAUAAAAGAAAUUAAAGUAAAGCUAAAGAACUGUCCAUAAA